AUGGCGAACUUGUAUGAGGAAGUGCAGCUAUGGAAAACACCUAGCGAACGGGAGAAAAUCCGCAAUCUUGCAGAAGUCUACGCCCUCAUCAAUACGCUUCAGUUUCUUCAAAAGGCCUAUAUUAAAGAUUGUAUCAAGGAAGAAGAGUAUGCCACUUCGUGUCGGAAGUUAUUAUCCCAAUUCAAAGGGGCUUUUUCGUUAGUCAAAAGCGAAUUUUCGACUGUGGAGUCAUUUGUGGAAAAAUACAAGAUGGAUUGCCCUGGCGCCUUGAAAGUCAUCAACGAAGGCCUCACCAUUGAAGAUCGUGACAAAAAGCUUCUCAUUCGCUGUACCGAGCUGUUUAUCACCACUAUCGACAGACUAAACAUGGAUCAAUUAGCUAAGGACCAGAUUCAGCCCGAUAUUCGCAAUCUCUGGGAGUGUAUGCACGGCCUCUCCUUCAUCCCUUCCGACUUUGAUGGCAAGAAGAGAAUAAAGCACUGGCUUGAUGUCAUGGAACCGAUGGAUGCAUCAGAAGAGCUAUCACCCACUCAGGGUCGACAACUCUUGUUCGAUAUGGAGACGAGCUUCGACAAAUUUAAGAGUAUCACGCCCUGA